AUGCCCGCCCGCACCGCCUCCACCUACAACGCGCUCAUCUCCCACGCCCCCGCUGGCAUCGACCUCCGGUCCCUGGCGCGCCACAUGGUCGCGGACGGGCUAUGCCCGGACAGGUUCACGGUCUCGGCGCUCCUGUCCGCGUGCGCGUCCGAGCGCGAGGGCAGGGAGCUGCAUUGCUUUGCCGUCAAGCGCGGGAUGUGCGGCGACGGCGAUUUCCAUGUCAGCAGCGGGUUUGUCUCCAUGUACUGCAGGGUCUCCCGGCCAGACCUUGCGCGCAGGGUUUUUGACAGGAUGCAUCAGAGGAAUGUCGUCUCGUGGACUGCCAUGGUGGGAGGGUACGCCGAGAAUGGCAUGUUUGAGGAUGCGGCGAAGGCUUUCCGGGCAAUGUGGGCGGUUGAUGGUAUUCUGCCGAAUAGGGUCGCGUUGAUCAGUGUGCUGUCGGCUGUCGAGGGCCUCAUGGGCUUAGCAGAGGGCAAGCAAGUGCAUGGUUUCGCCGCGAGGAUGGGGCUCUAUGGGGAGGUGUCCCUCAACAAUGCUUUGGUUGAUAUGUAUGCAAAGGGCGGAGCCUUGCGUUAUGCAAGGCGCAUUUUCGAUGAUGGUACUUGGCGCAAAGAUGUCAUCUCUUGGGGUUCAAUGGUACUUGGAUAUGGCCUUCAUGGUAUGGGUAUGGAGGCAGUUGCCUUGUUUGAUCAGAUGCAUGCUUCUGGGGUUAAGCCAGACAGCAUAGUUGGUCUGGGUGUGCUUUCCGCGUGCUGCAGGGCAGGAUUGGUGUUGAAGGGACUUGAGAUAUACAACUCCCUGGUGAAGGAUCAUAAAGUCCAUCCAACCGAGGAGAUGUCUGCUUGCGUAGUUGAUUUACUGGGGCGUUCUGGGUUGAUUGACCAUGCCUUGGACUUCAUAAAGUCAAUGAGCGUAGAGCCAGGCCCUAGUGUAUGGGGAGCACUUCUGGAUGCCUCUGUUAUUCACAGUAACAAAGAGACUCAAGAUUUAGCUUGCAGGUCUCUUCUUAGAUUGGAAGAAGAGAGCCCAUCAAAUCUUGUCUCGGUAUCUAACCUACACGCCUCUUCUGGUAGGUGGAAUAUUGUUGAACAAGUGAGGGCAAAGAUUAAACACGGAACAUUGAAGAAAACACCUGGUCGCAGUUGGUGGUUCAGAGCUCUACCAGCGCACAUAAACUGGUAUGCUCUGGAAUCAUUGGCAUUGUACAGGACUACAUCAAAGCAAAUUGUACCAUUGGCAGUUAAAAGAGCAGAACUGCUGUAUUUACUCUAUGCUCAUACAUGUGCUCCCAUGGUAUUCUUGCUUAGCAAAUUUGAUUUAACUAUCCUUUGGGAAGGUCAAGGAAGCUACUCGUUGAUGGAAAGGACUCUGAUUAACCAGAAAUGCCAUGUGAAGAGCCACGACAUCAAGAGCUUUGCUCUUGAAGGUUGUAGGUGGCAGCACGGAGAGAUCGGUGUGCUUGAUUUGCUUGGUCCACACUAUGGGCUUCUUGCCGGUGUGCCUCACGUUCUUCAUCUUGGUGGCGUCACUCUUCUUGUUGACGAUACCGUUCUUCCUCUUGGUUCAUUUGACGGUCGUAAGUGUCAUGUUGUUCUUGAGCUUCACGUUGUUGUUGUUCAUUCUCAAGGACGCGAUCUUGCAAUCCAUUGCCUUGAGGAGGAUUUAGAGCAAGAUAUCCUUAUUGUUCUUCAUGAUGAUGAUGACGUCGAGACCGGUAUGUACUUGCGCCGGAUGGUAGCUCGGAUGAAUUUGCAAUUGAACGCAGUCUUGAAAGUGAUGAAGAUGAAGAAGGCUUGCACUUGUCGAACUUGUCUUGAAUGCGGUCCAUAUGUGCGUCUAACUUGGCGUUGA